AUGAUUAAAACUAUUUCUUAUUGGUCUAAUUGGCUUACACAUAAGUUUGCUUUAACCAAAAAGGUAUUAUCAUCUGUGACUGUUGCAUCUCUAUUUCAAAAACUUUUCACAAAGGCACUUCAAACAACCACUCGUACUCGCAGUACUACUGGCAUUCUUAGCCGUCUUUAUUCUACUCAUAAAGAAAUUAAAUUUGGCGUUGAAGGUCGUGCUGCUCUUUUAAAGGGUGUUGAUGUUCUUGCCAAAGCUGUUGCCGUUACCCUCGGUCCUAAGGGUCGCAACGUUCUUAUUGAGCAACCUUAUGGUUCUCCCAAGAUUACUAAGGAUGGUGUUACUGUUGCCAAGUCUAUUGUUUUGGAAGAUAAAUUUGAAAAUUUAGGUGCUAGACUUGUUCAAGACGUUGCUAGUAAGACAAAUGAACUUGCAGGUGAUGGUACAACUACUGCUACUGUUUUGGCUCGUUCCAUUUUUACUGAAGGUGUCAAGAAUGUUGCAGCUGGUUGUAAUCCAUUAGAUCUUCGUCGUGGUGCUCAACUUGCUGUUGAUCAUGUUCUUGACUUUUUGAAGACACAUAGCAAAGUGAUUACUACUUCUGCUGAAAUUGCCCAGGUUGCUACCAUCUCUGCUAAUGGUGAUAAACAUGUUGGUAAUAUGAUUGCACAAGCUAUGGAACGUGUUGGUAAGGAAGGUGUCAUCACGGUCAAGGCAGGAAAGACAAUCGAUGAUGAAUUGGAAGUGACAGAAGGUAUGCGUUUUGACCGUGGUUUCAUUUCACCUUAUUUCAUCACAGAUACCAAGACACAAAAAGUUGAAUUUGAAAAGCCCUUGAUUUUGUUAUCAGAGAAAAAGAUUUCUAUGCUUCAUGAUAUCUUACCCGCCCUUGAAGCCGCAGCUACUCAACGACGACCCCUCUUGAUUGUAGCAGAAGAUUUAGAUGGUGAAGCCCUUGCAGCCUGUAUCUUGAACAAGUUACGUGGACAAAUCCAAGUAGCUGCCGUGAAGGCACCAGGCUUUGGUGAUAAUCGCAAGUCCAUCUUGGGAGAUCUCGCGGUGUUGACUGAAUCUACAGUGUUCUCAGAUGAAUUAGAUAGUAAAUUAGAUAAGGCUACGCCAGAUCUCUUUGGUACGACCGGAUCCGUCACGAUCACAAAAGAAGAUACGGUGAUUUUGAAUGGAGCAGGAACAAAGGAUGCAAUCGCACAACGAUGUGAACAAAUCCGUGGAGCUAUUGAAGACCCUAGUACAUCUGAUUAUGAAAGAGAGAAACUUCAAGAACGACUUGCUAAACUCUCUGGAGGUGUAGCGGUGAUUCGUGUGGGUGGAGCAUCUGAAGUAGAGGUAGGAGAAAAGAAGGAUCGAUUUGAUGAUGCACUUUGUGCUACACGUGCCGCUGUUGAAGAAGGUAUUGUCCCCGGUGGUGGUGUUGCGCUCUUGAAGGCGGCCAAUUCACUUGAUAACUUGAAGGCAGCUAACUUUGAUCAACAAUUGGGUAUUAACAUCAUUCGUCAAGCCAUUCAACGACCUUGUAGAACGAUUGUUGAUAAUGCAGGUGGUGAAGGAUCUGUUGUAGCGGGUAAGAUCUUGGAAGACAAAUCAGGUAACAUCAACUGGGGUUAUGAUGCCUCUACAAAUGAAUAUGUUGAUAUGAUUGAACGUGGUAUCAUUGAUCCUACCAAGGUUGUUCGUACUGCUCUUGUUGAUGCUGCCGGUGUAGCUUCUCUUUUGACCACAACUGAAUGUAUGAUUGUUGAUGCUCCCAAGAAGGAAUCCGCCAUGCCUCCUAUGGGUGGUAUGGGUGGCAUGGGUGGCAUGAUGUAAUAAUAAUAAGAGAAAGAAAGAAUGAGAAAGAAAGACGGACAAGCAAAGCUGUAAUAAUUUCUUUACUUUGUAUCAUCAUAUAAAUAUAUAAAUAUUUUUUUUUACCAUUUUUUACAAUAAAUAA